UCUUGAGCUAAUGAUGUCUCAUUGGUGGAUAAAUUGAAUGCGCUUCAUGAUCAUGUCCACUUUUUGGUUUGUUGUGUGUAAAGAAGCUUGAAGAAAUGCCCAAAUCAAUACACUAUAUAAACAACACCACGAUUCUCAAAUGUAUCGAUUUCAGUGUCGACCAACUUCGGGCUAUUCGCAGUCAUACUCUUCACUCUAUUCCAACAAGUGACCCUACAAGCAUCAACAUGAAGUCCACAACUCUUCUUACAUCUACUCUCAUGCUCGUCAUGGCCAAACCUAUUCUGACAGCGCCUAUCACAGUCGAAGACAAUCAAUCUGCCUCUAUCCAGGAGCGUGAAGCCACCGACCUUACAACAGAGGCGACAGGUCCAAACGGAUCACAGGACUGGCUUACGCCAAGGUCCGAUCAUAGUGCAGAUACUGAGAAUCCCCAAAGCUACUUAGCGACUCCCAAAGCGCAAGCCCCCCGACCGCCCGAGGAAACAGCAUCCGCGCAGCCAUCAACGAACGCAUUGGACUCCUCCAACACAUCCACAACCCUAGCUCCAUCAGGCCUCGUAGUAUCCAUAAUCACACCCUCCCUCUCCAACAGCGCCAGAAUCUUAUUGCUCGGUUCCAGUAUCAGUGUCCACAUCCAGAUCCAUUCAACAGGCAUGAUGCCUACUGCAGUGGGCCAUAGCUUCCAUGGUAGCCACGUCGCUGCAUAUCAAGACGGUAGCGAAGUCACUCAAGGGCACAGGGCGUGA